AUGCUUUCAAGGACGAUAUCCCGGAGGUUCAAUUCUACCAAUGCAGUUUCUAACCUGAAAAAGACAGCUCUUUAUGACCUGCAUAUGGAGCUCGGAGGUACUAUGGUUCCGUUUGCUGGUUAUUCGAUGCCAGUCCUAUAUCGUGGGCAGACACACAUCGAAUCUCACAAUUGGACUAGAACGAACGCGGGGUUGUUUGAUGUAUCUCACAUGCUGCAAAGCAGAUUGAGCGGCAACGAAGCGACCGAUUUCCUUCAUACGGUGACCCCUACGGAUUUCUGGCAAUUACCAGAGGGUACCGGUACCCUUUCUGUAUUGUUGAAUAAGCGCGGCGGUAUCGUUGACGAUACGCUGAUAACGAAACAAGGCGAGAAUGACUUUUACGUAGUCACCAAUGCUGGCUGCAUUGAUCGUGAUACUGAAUUUUUACGUGGAGAAAUCGAAGCAUUCGCAGGCGAUUGCAAAUGGAGUGUCAUUCAGGGAAAAUCUUUGCUAGCACUGCAAGGUCCAAAGGCCCAUCAAGUUCUGCAACCUCUACUGCGCGAAAGACAAACAUUGCAAGCAUUGUUAUUUGGACAAAGGCGCCGCUUCGAACUAUAUGACGGAACUUCAAUCGAUGUUGCCAGAUCGGGAUACACCGGUGAGGAUGGUUUUGAAAUUAGUAUAUCUAAUGAAAAGGCGAUCGCUUUUGCCCAGCUACUGCUCGAUAAUCAGCUCACCAAGCCCAUCGGGCUUGCCGCAAGAGACAGUUUGAGACUCGAAGCGGGCAUGUGCUUGUACGGUAAUGAGUUGAAUGAAGAUAUAACACCUGUCGAAGCGGCACUGAAGUGGGUUGUCUCUAAAAGCAGAAGAAAUGUUGCAGAUAAUGCCGCUAAAUUUAACGGCUACGCCAAGAUUAUGGACCAGUUUAACUCCGACAACUACCAGAAAGUACGGGUUGGAUUCAAGUACUCGGAUAAGGGUCCCGCCGCCAGAACCGGUGCCAAGAUCUUCCUACCGGACAAGAAAACGGAGAUCGGUGCCGUCACUUCGGGGAGUGCAUCUCCAACGUUAGGUAACAUCAACAUCGGUCAAGCUUACGUUCUGAAAGCACAUCGCAAGAGUGGCACUAAGUUGGUUGUUCAGGUAAGAAAUAAAUUUUUCCCGAUCGAAUUGGCCAAGAUGCCGCUUGUGCCAACGCACUACUACAAAGGAUAA